UUCGGCUCGCUGAAGGACGUGAAGAUGACGAUCGACUAUCCAAUCAAUCUGCAUCUGAGCAAGCUGCGACCAUCUGUCAAGCAUGUCAAAAAGCUGUUAACGCAGUGAUGCGAUAAACGGCGAUCUUCUGAAAUCCCGUCCGUGCAUGCCAGCGUAUAAAGGAGGGGGUAUGCCCGCCACAUCCCUCAGCUCCUCUUCUUUCGAGCCCACCGAGUAGGUUGCCGGCAACCUCGCUCUUUUUUGACGACUCACGUUUAUUCCACCGAAAUCCUUCGCAACGACCCCAGUGCAUACAAAACAUCAUGCGUUACUCUACGCUCGUCUCUACUGUCCUUUUGGCGGCGGCGACAGCUCCCGCGCUCGCUCGCCCGGUCACCGUUCGCGCGACCGAGGAUGCCUCCAUGGUUGAGCGCGACCUCCAAGACGCACUGGUGGAGCGCGGCUGCUACGACGACCUCGUCUCUCGAGACCUCGAGGCGCGUGGUGGUGGCCCUUCAAAGACUGAUAAGGCGCGCGUCGCGUCGAUAGCUCGGUUGAGGCAGGAGCAUCAGGACCGGAUGCGUCAGAAUCCCGGCUUCAUUCGGGAUCCGCCGAGCGCAAUUUGGACCGCGUCUAGGGAGGGUACGCCUCUGCAACAUCCGCGGCCGUACCGCCCGGCGCAGAAAGCCGAAUUCCUUCCCAAGAAACCCCGGGAGUACGACUUCGACGGCGAGCUGUUCGAGCGCGGCUUCGAGGUAGACGAGCUUGACUGAGCGGGCGUAGCAUGAGCGUGGGGCUAUUACGAUGUAUUAUCACCUGUUGUACGCAUCGUGUACGUUCUUGCGUACCACUUAUGAUGUGAAUCGUAACGUGAAGACU